CUUGUUGUCACCGUUAUUUCUCCCGCGCAUGCGCGCUGCUGCCUGUUUCCUGCUUUUAAAUGAGUACCUGUGCAGCUCUCUGACCCACCUCUAUCGACACUUGUGUAUGUGUGUGUGCGUGCGACCAGGAAUAUCUGCGUUUUUUUCUCCCUCCCAGCCCCGCUCCCUCACCUAGUGACGCCACACUCCCGUUAUUUCAGGGCGCUGUGGGCGAUAUCUGUCUGUACCUGACCUGGUAGCUCACCUGAGCGGACUCACCUGUCCCGACGCCGAAAAGACUUUUGUUUAGAGCUCGAAAACAAAUCUGGUAGAGAGGAAAGGUGUGCUGCAGGAGGUGAAAAAGCGGGACGAGGCUUGCGAAACGAGAAGAAAGGUGCGAAGAGGAGGAAGAAGGAGAAGCGGGGACCGACCUUCCAGUUUUUCCUCUCGGUUUCCUGCUUCUUUUUUUUUUUGGUCACUUUUAACGUGACUUUACGUCGCCACAGCGGCUUUCCCUGCACAUCGCUUUCUCUCAAAGGGACUUUGUGUUGACUGAGCAUGCCGAGGGCCUUUCUGGUUAAAAAGGCGAACGUUUCGCCGGGAAAGCGGAACUGGAGUGAACUCCCCGAUCAUGAACGAGGGGACGUCUACAUCCCAGUCUCCGUCUUUCCUCCGUCCAUCCUGAUGAUGGAGGUGGAGGCCAGCCCCGCUGAGACAACUCAGAUGACCACGCCCCUCUGCCUCACCAAACACUCUACCAUUGACACACAAACUCACCCAGAACUGCCCUCCAGCACGGUGCUCGGCAGACCCCAGAGCCCGGCGGGUUUACCAGAGGGGAGAUCAGAGAUCAAGAGGAGGCCGCAGGCCAGCUCCACGUACUUCCGAGCCAAAAUAAAGGUAACUACAGGCGAGUUACCCCCAGAUCCAGCUCCCCUUGCUCUGGCUCUUCCUCUCAUUCCCACUCCGCAACCAUUAGCUGCACUUCCUCCUGCACCGACCCCACCCCUCCCAGAGCCGGUCCCAAUGGUGACCAGAUCCACGGGUCAAAGUCAAAGUGGGUCGACAGGAGCGUUCGUGUGCCAGGUUUGCCAGAAGACUUUCCAGUACCAGCGGAUGUUGAACAGACACAUCAAGUGUCACAACGAGACAAAGAGACACCUGUGUAGCUUCUGCGGCAAAGGCUUCAACGACACCUUCGACCUCAAAAGACAUGUGCGCACACAUACAGGCGUCCGUCCAUACAAGUGCAACUUCUGCGACAAGGCCUUCACCCAGCGCUGCUCUCUGGAGUCCCACAUGAAGAAGAUCCACAGCGUCACCCUGAAGUACGCCUACAAGGAGCGACGCAACAAGCUGUACGUGUGCGAGGAGUGCGGCCACACGGCGGCAACUCAGGAUGCGCUGCUCAUCCAUCUCCACUCACUUCACCCUGACAGCCCCCUGCUGAAGAGCAAGGCCGCGAGAAGAGUGGGAGAAAGAGACGGCGGGUCGGUCGGAGGAUCCAUUCCCGGUUCUCCGCAGGGAGCUGAAAGCGAUGAUACCACUGGAUCGGCCGAGCAGUAAAGGGAGAAGAUACAGAAGAUACUCAGAAAUCAACUCAGGGGGCAUCGAUGAAGGACUGUGUUGAGUGCAGAGGUGACUGUUUGAGCCAAGAUGCAUAGCCAUGGAAGAAAGAAAGCUACUGAUUGCACUGUAUAGGUGUGCAUAUCUACGUUUGUGUGUGUGUGUGUGUAUGUAGGUGUGUGUGUGUGUGUUUGGAUUUGGGCAUCUACUGUAAAUAACUCAGUGGAAUAAUGCAUUAAAGAAGAUUAAGUUUGACUUUUACAAAAAGCUGUUGGGGUACUCUACUUUGUCUUGAGUAAAGUGCUCGAGUAGCGCAACAUCAGAACUUUUAAAUAUAGGAAACCGUGUUUUGGAGUUGCUGCAGAUCAAACUUGUUGCAACACACACCGCUGGUACUCUCCUCUGCUGACCAGGAGUACUCACAAAAACACGGUGCCGUUUAGGUGGUCGUGUAUCAGGCCUUUCCCAUAGACUGUAUAGCAAAGAUGGACAUGGCCCCUUUUUUUUUUUUUUUUUUUUUUUUACUGUGUUCAUAAAAUGCUAUGUUGAAGAAUAAUUGAAAGUGUUUACUAAGAUCUCAGAAAAAUGAGAAAUGUUUUUUUGUGUUUUCAUAGACUUCCGUGCAUUCAGGCUUGUUUUGCAACCUGCCGGUCGUGUCAAAGACUGCAGGUGUCAGGGGUUUCACCAAAUUCACCUGAUUUACGAGAAGACCGGUCCUAAUGUUUUGGCUCAUCUGUGCAUUUACAUGUGGCAUUUUGAUCUGCAUGAGAAUCACUAUCAUAGAUAGAAUAUUUUUACAUAUUUGUUUUCAUGUGAAUAUUACCAGUGGGUUUAUAUGUACAGCAAGAAACUAUGAAAAUGUGCUUUUAAAAAACAAACAAACAAACAAACAUUUAUCCAUUAAAGGGACUAAUAUAUUA